AAUCACUUUGACUGAAGUGAGCGAUAUCUGUAGCUUUGCCAUGGCUGUCCUUGUUAUUCUCUUUGCCGUCCUCCUCCUCCUGCCUUCCUCCAUGGCCAACAACAUUCUCUAUGAAGGCGAAACGCUGAAGACCGGCCAAUCCCUCACAGAAGGGGUCUAUACACUCACCAUGCAGACAAACUGCAACCUUGUGCUGUCCGACAACGACCAUGCCGUGUGGUCCUCUAAUACCGGCGGCAAAGGCACCAACUGCUACCUCAGUGUGCAGACCGACGGCAACCUCGUCAUCUACGACAAGGCCACCAAUGUUAUUUGGUCGAGCGACACUUGGUCCCGUUGGGGGGGGCCCUACAUCCUCAUCCUGCAGCGCAACCGCAACGUCGUUUUGUAUGACUCCAAGUGGGCCACCAACACCUACACCGCCAAUUCCGAAGGCGUCGUGAUCGUCAAAAAGGACCACAACGAUACUAGCAUCACGGCCGAGGUGGUCGUGCCGGCGGCGGAUGAACCCACGAACAGAAAGAUCGCCAUGGUGACUAAUAAUUAGUUGACCAUGCAUGGAUCACUUUUAAAUAAAAUGAACGAGUGACGAGGCAUAAAUAAUUAUCUACGUCGGCGAUAAAAAAUAAUUAUUUACGUGUCUGGUAGCCUCCGUCGUUUGUAUGUUGUGCCUACUGUUAAGUGUGAGUUGAUCUAUCACAUUAAUUAUCUUGUUUUCUAUCA